UUUUUAUACGUGGUACUAAUGGAAAAGUUUAUGUUAGAAAGGAAGGACGAACAGCGACGGUAAUAGAAUACUAUUAACACAAAAAAAGAAAAGAAGGCAAGGAAGGCAUCGAGAUGGCUUCAACCUCGCGACAAGGACACUCCAACCUCCUGUCCUUCAUCGACUCGACGACGCCCUCCGUAACGACUCAUACCCUCCCUAAGCGGUCCUUCCAAGAGUGGGAUGAGCUCUGGCUCCCGGUGGGAAGGGAAACCGUGGAAUGUUUCAACCUCAGAGACCUCUGGAACCAGUACAUUGAGUGGAGUGCCUAUGGUGCCGGCGCCGAGGUCCUCCUCCACGGUGGAGACAAAGUGGACCAGUACUACGUGCCGUACCUAUCGGCGGUCCAGAUAUAUACCAGCAAGUCCCGCGCUUCAUCGAGGAAUGGUUUGAGCAAUUGUUGGAGGAAUGGCACUGCAUAUAAGAAGCUGGUUAAUCCAAAGGGCUCUGCUGUGGAUACCAGCUCCGACCACGAAGGCACCCAACAAGCUCAAGAGGAAAAGGGGCACCUUUACUUCCAGUUUUUUGAGUGUGUCUCUCCUUAUGGGAGGCCCCCGCUCUUCGAAAAGGUCCGGGAAUUGGCCAAAAUCUAUCCAGGCCUCAUGUCAUUCAACAGUGCAGAGCUUUCGCCUGCUAGCUGGAUGUCGGUCGCCUGGUAUCCCAUUUAUCACAUCCCCGCCAGGCGAAAUGUGAAGGACCUGUCAGCAAGCUUCCUGACCUAUCAUAGUCUUGCCUUACCGUAUCAAGAGCAUAUGCAGGCAAGCACCUCAAAAAGUUUGUCUUACACUGGAGCUUGGAGUGUAAGUAAAUCUGAGGAGAAGAGCAACUGCAUCUCUCUUCACCCUUUCGGCCUCGCCACUUACAAAGCAUGGGGAAACCUUUGGGUAAAUCCUGAAAGUGGAGAUAAUGAAAGAAUUGUCUCCCUCUACAAUGGUGCAAGCUACUGGCUGAAUCAGCUUAAAGUUCACCACAAUGACUUUAUCUUCUUCAUCACUCACUGAACUCCCCUGUGCAUGAUAGGAACCAUUCUAUUUUUCAGAGAACCUGCUGACUGACGCCACACCAUGACAUUGCUGUGCUGGAGUUCGGAUUACUCAAUCAAGAUUGAGAAAGCUGACUCGGUCAAUUUUGUAGAUGUUAGUGAAGAAGAAGGUUUUGUUCGAUUCUUUCAGCUUUCUUUAUGCAAAGAUUGUCUUAGGGAGUGCAGAACAGAAGGAUCUUGGGCCUUGCUUUUCUUUUUAACCUUUGUCUUCAGAAGGUGGUAGUUCGAAAUAGGUGGGAAUUGGGCACCUUUUACUCUCCUUAUAAGUUAUACGUAGUUGGAUGGUUACGGAACAGAAAGAUCAUUGUUUGUUAUACUGAUACAGGGCUCUUAUAUAUGACAUCUUAGGUUGGUAAAUUCAAUUAAAAGCUCUUGCCAAUCUCUCAAAUUUUUGGCAAAAUGGAUGCGAAG